AUGACACUCCUUGGUGUUGCUGAAUUAACCUCAAAUGGAACGCAGUCCGUGUUUUAUUGCCCAAGCAGACCAAUGUUGACAUGGGUUUUAAGUGACACGACCACAUUUUACAUUGCAUCGAUCACUACGUCUGUUGCUUCUCCUCUUACCAUUUUCUUAAACAUAGUAGUGGUUAUAGCUGUAUGGAAAACACGAGAGUUACAAACAAACUCCAACAUUUUGUUGGCCAGCAUGGCGGCAGCAGAUUUUUUAGUCGGAGCUGUAUCGAUGCCUUUAUGCAUUAGCUUGGACGUUUUACUCCUUCGUAAAGAAGUGAGCCAAGCGAUCUGUAAAAUUACUUUUGCAAAUCAGCUGGUACUGUACGGUGCAGUUUGUUCGACUUUAUAUCAUCUGACAGUGAUCGCAUGGGAAAGGUACCUAGCUGUUGCAAAGUGGAAUCAGUACCAUGUAUUUAUCAGAAGAGCUCGUAUCAAGAAAUUGAUUGCAAUCGCAUGGAUCCUGGCAGUAUUGACUACGGCGCCUGUGCGUAUUCUUAAAGCUGCUGGUGUACAUAACAUCUUAGUAGAGGUCUUUUACGGUGUUUUUGUUUACCGGCGUUGGUGUGCAUGUCCCUUAUAGGGUAUUUUUACAUCAGAGUUUAUCAAGAAGUGAGAAAGCUGGAACGAAGGGAAGACUCAAUUCGCCGCGCGCGAGUUAGAAUGAGGCACGAGGAUGGCAUUGCCAAAAGGACAUUAGCCAUAACAGUUGUCUCUUUCGUCUAUUUUAUCCCAUCGGUUAUCGUUCUUCUCUUCGGAAAAGUUGUGCCCUUUCUUCGUACAAGCUCCUAUUUCCGAUGGUCAGAGCUGGUUAUUCAACUCAACUCUCUUAUAAACCCUAUUUUGUACUGCUUCGUCCUAAACAAAAAUUUCAGGAACGUGGUUUUACGAAUGAUGAAGAUUAAGAAGCCC